UUUUACAUGAAGAAAAAAAUUACGCUCAUUUGAAUUUGUUUGUGUUAUGUUGUCUAUAGGUACUAAUUGUUUAUUGACUUCAACACUGAACCAACAUACCAUGAAGAGCAAGAAUGGUAAAAUGACAAAUUCUUUCUAUUGUUUUUCAGAUCAGUAAGAAAAUGGAAAAUAACUAUAGAAAAUUAAAGCCAGGGGUAUUAAAGCAAAAUGUUACAGAAAAGGAAAGACAGUUGAAUAGAAGACAAGCCCAGAGAAUGACGAAAUCAAGGAUGAUAAAACAGCUAAAAAAAAUUAACGAAAAAUUAUGCACACUUCAAUUAGAACCUGUGGAUGCUCUUUUCAUCAUACAUGAAAAACGUAGAAACAAAUAUAAAUAUUUCGGGAGUGGUGAAAUUGUGACAAAAUUUGAAAAAGGGGAAGUGUUAAUGACAUGUAAAACUCAGAGAUCAAAAGUGAGGCAAGUAAUUGACAAAACUGCAGUGGAAGAAUUGACACCGGGGAAGUAUAACUUUCCCUUUACUUCUGGUGCAGGGGAAACCAUUGCCAAAAAGCAGCAAGAAGAACUCAGCUCUGUCAGAAUUGACGUUGACAGAAGUGUUUUGGCCAAGAGAAUGAAAUUUGCCCAGUCAAAGAAAAGUCUUUUUGAAAAGACAGGCAGUGGUAAGGGUGCUGGGAACAAGAACAGAAAAUCAAAGGCAAGAACCAGUGAGAAGAAGAUGAAGCCUUCCAGAACUGGGAAGCAGACUCAUACAGAGAAGACCGGAACUACUUCUACUGCAACAGUGUCUGAAGCUGAGCUAGAGACUGCGACAGUGUUGGAAGCUGAGGAAGAGACUGCAACAAUGUCUGAAGCAGAGCUAGAGACUACGACAGUGUCUGAAGCUGAGCUAGACCACAUAACUCUGCCUCAUUUGACCAAAGAUCCCCUACUUGUUAACAGCCAAAGACUAGAUGCGAGUACUGGGAAGCAGACUCAUUCAGAGAACACCGGAACUACUUCUACGAGCACAGAGCUGCAUCCUGCAGCGGAAACUGUAACAGUAUCUGAAGCUGAGCUGGAGACUGCGACAGUGCCUGAAGCUGAGGUAGAUACUGCAACAGUGUCUGAAGCAGAGCUAGAGACUGCGACAGAGUCUGAAGCUAAGCUAGACCACAUACCUCCACCUCAUUCAACCAAAGAUCCCCUACCUGUAACUGAACCUGUUGACUGCGAAAGACUAGAUGCCAACAACUUGACAUGGGAAAUAGGGGACCACAUAAAAUGUUGUUUCCAGAACAAAAGAUCCAUUGAAUAUUAUGCAGCACAGGUAGAAGCUGUUGUAGAUGGCGAGCCAUUUGUCUCGUUCUUUGUGAACACAAAAGUUGAGAAUGAAAAGCUGAAGAAAGACAUAAAGGAAACAGCUUUGUUGAGGACUGAUGAAGUAGUGAAAAAACUGAAAAUGCCGAAAAUUGAGAAACGAAAAAGGAAAAUGAUUUACAUAUUUGAAGAGUACUGAUCUUUCUAUUUAAUGUUAAUUUGCUUACAAUGAUAAUUGCAAGAAAAUUAAAUGCCUAACAUUCAUCACUGUCAUUUUUAGCUCAGCUUAUUGAAAUAUAGGUUAUUGCAUUCGCCCAUCCAUUGACAUCAGUGUCUGCACCGAUUAAGUUUUCUUUGUCAGCUUCUGCAUCCAUUAAUUGAAAAAUCUGCAUUUGUGGACAGUUGCAGUCUUUGUCUCCAGUACAAUUAUUACUCGUUUUUA